AUGGAUAUAGUGAGCUUCAUUGUGUUGAUUGUGAUACUAGCAGGCAUUUGGUUCGCCUAUACUCGGUUUAAAAAGAAGAAAAACGUAACAAUCAAAGAGCUAUCGGUUCAGGAGCGCAUUGAGAAAUUAAGGACAGCAAUAAAAGAUCCCAAAGUGGUGCUAUCGUCUGGUCAGCAGAAUAAGAUCAAGACAUAUAAGGACUUGGCGGUGGACAUAGAGAAGGAAUAUAAAGGUUGGGACACCAAUUUGGCAAAAAUGAAAGACAUGUGCUUUGACGGGUGCAAGUUCUUGGAUUUCCACUUGGCUAAGGUUGAGCCAGUAGGAUUGAAAAUAGCAGACGCGAUGGUCAUUAAACUGUUGGGAAAGUUGGAUUCAGUCAAGGGCGAAGUGAUUAAAGUGAGCAUUUGGGAAAAAGACUGGUACUAUACUUCAAUCAACCUGACCUAUUUUCUGGCUCUUUACGUCUACAUCGGGACCAAUAAUGAUUUAAUAGAAGGAUGCAAAAAGCAGAUCCUAAGGAUACUGCCUAGCGUGGGCGUUGGUCUGACAAAACCGCUCAUGGGGUUGACUCUCUUCAAAGCGACGGUUUCUAGAUUGUGCGUGACCUACUUGAUGCCAGACAAGUUCAAGAAAGACAUCACCAGCGCUAAAUUUACACAGGUCAAGGAGUUCAUGAAUUUGACGCAUGUUGAAGAUGAUACGGUCCAGGACGGAUACUAUGAUGAUGGAUCAAUGAUCCUGAAUGGGUUCGCUAGCUACGAUAGGUUGGAAAGUAGGCUUGGAUUCUACGAGAAAGCAUACCGUAGUAUGGGUUUACAAUCGAACAUUAAGGACUUGGCAGUCACAAUAUUCCCAAAAUUGACUCACCCAAAGGUUCGUUGGUCCCCUCCGGGCCUGUUCCGGAACAACAACGACAGAAUUGCUCGCUGGUGGCCCUCUUCUGAUACAGAGAUCAACCUGAUACCCUUUAUAGGUCUCGGAGUCUUCAAGUGUCCGGAGUUCAUGUUCUUCGUCAGGGUCCAGAGACCUGGCAUUCAUCCUAAUUACCCAGCUAUUCCCGAAUUGGCAGCAGGAUGUAUUCAGAUCCGGAGGAUUUUCCUCAAGGAUAAUAAUACGUACCCAAAAAAUUUGUUGAAUACUAAUCUAAAGGAUGAGCCAGGAGUGCUGUCCAAGGUUGGCGGGAGCGUUUGCGAAUUGAAAGACAAGACAGGAGGCAACUUCUACUGCUCUAACGUCAGCUCUUUCAUUGGCUGUAUAGACGAUCUUAUGUUCUGGAAGAACUCCUACAAGUUUAUAGAAUUGUUUGGUGAUGUUACUGUCACCGAGGCUGGUGUCAUCUCUGCUACUGGCUUCCAGGCAUGCUAUAAAAUUGAUAACAAUUCAAAUGAGUCUUUUAAAUUUCGGUAUAAGGACACUCGGAUGAAAAAAUGUUAUACUAAUCCUACAGGUUCAACAGAAUUCUUCGAUGUUCCCCAGAAAGACAGGGGUGGUUCCAAGAAAACAAAAUUCACCUGGACCAUGGCAGAGAAAUGGAUUGAUUAUAAGGUUGCGCUAACUGCAGACGGUAUGGAAUUUGAGACAUCGACAAGUAAAAAGUAUAAAGUCAAGAAAAUUACUGGCGAUAACGAGCCAUAUGUCGUCACAUGUGGCUCAACAACACUGCUGGGUUCGUCUAGCAGCAGAAUUCCAAGUGAGAUUACUCACGAAACAAUAAAGUAUAAGCGUAACGCUAAAACGAUGAUGUACGAAAAGUAA